CCCAUGGCGGAGCGGCGCGUGUCGCGCUGGUACUUCGGAGGUCUGGCGUCGUGCGGCGCCGCCUGCUGCACCCACCCGCUGGACCUGCUCAAGGUCCACCUGCAGACGCAGCAGGAGGUGAAGAUGCGCAUGACUGGGAUGGCGCUGCGUGUGAUCCGCACCGAUGGCUUCCUGGCUCUGUACAACGGGCUCAGCGCCUCGCUGUGCCGGCAGAUGACGUAUUCCUUGACCCGCUUUGCCAUCUAUGAGACUGCAAGGGACCGCUUGGGCCAGGGCAAUCAGGGGCCUCCUCCUUUCUACCAGAAAGUGCUGCUGGGUGCAGUGGGAGGUUUCACUGGCGGGUUUGUGGGGACCCCAGCAGACAUGGUGAAUGUCAGGAUGCAGAAUGACAUGAAGCAGCCGGCACACCUGAGACGGAACUAUUCCCAUGCCCUGGACGGCAUAUACCGCGUGCUCCGGGAAGAGGGCUUGAAGAAGCUAUUCUCAGGGGCUACAAUGGCAUCCAGUCGAGGGGCCCUAGUCACCGUUGGACAGCUCUCCUGCUAUGACCAGGCCAAGCAGCUGGUUCUCACCACUGGGUUGCUGUCAGACAACAUCUUCACUCACUUCCUGGCCAGCUUCAUCGCUGGUGGAUGUGCCACAUUCCUGUGUCAGCCCUUGGACGUGCUCAAGACCCGCCUCAUGAACUCCCAGGGCGAGUAUCGGGGUGUUUCCCACUGCGCCAUGGAAACUGCCAGGCUUGGCCCACUGGCCUUCUACAAGGGCUUUGUUCCUGCGGCCAUCCGGCUCGUUCCUCACACCGUCCUCACCUUUGUCUUCCUGGAACAGCUGCGCAAAUAUUUUGGGAUCAAAGUGAUCACCUGAGUGGGAGGGUCGGGACCCUACCUCGCCCCGCGGGCUUCCCCUGGGGAUGAGCGCGCGGGUCGUGACAGAUCCCAGAACUCUCUGUUGUCUGGGGCCAGGCUGCCCCCAUCCCUUCAUCCUGCUCCCCCACCUUUCCAGUGCCUGUGGCCAGCCAGUCCCAGAAUCUGCUUUCCCCUCUCGCCCCAGUUCUCCUAUCGGUUACUGCUGAGCUAUUGUUAGGCCCCUUGUUUGUUCUGCACCCCAGUUUUGUGCUGUCUUCCACGCGUGGUUCGCAGCCACAAGGUCCAUCCUUACCUCCCUCCUGUGCAGGCUUGGAGAGGCGGGCGCAGCAAGGGGCCCUUGCUCCUGUCCCUUAUGAGCCCCCCCUGGAGCAGGAGAAGGGAGGAAUCAGUGUUCUUCCUCUGUGCCUGGUCACUGAGUCUCGAGGAGAUAGGGACUGGGCAGGGGCCAGUUUCACUUGUGAGCAUGCUGCAGCCAGGUCCUGCUGCAGCACUGGCAGUGUGCGCAGGGCUCGCUUGCUCCCAGCCUCUCCUGCCAUCAGCAAAGGGAGGCACAGGUUUAGGGCACCGAGGCGCUGCCCCCCUUUCAGCACCUCUGGCCCCGCUUCCCCUCGUGUCCCUCCGCUGGCCGCUAUGCAGCUUAGCAGGUGCCUCCCCUCGUGUGCUGCUGUGCUUUCCUGGCCUGCCCACACCCCUACUUUCUCGGCCAAAACUCACCGGCGUCCAACGGCCGCUGGGCUCUUCAGGGAUUGUGCCUCAUACCAAUGAUGACAGGGAUGGACCCAAUGGGCGAGGGGCAGCCGCUCGGCCGUGCCGCCCUGGUGGCCCAGUGCGGGCUGGGGUCAUCCUCGUGGGGCCUGCCCCAGCCUGGGGUAAGGCCAGCAACUUCACCACCAUCCUCUGGCUCCUGCCUCGAGCCAGGUGCAGGUAGAUUUGAGCUGCAAUGGCUGGAGCUGAGGCAGUGCCAAGGUCCCACAAAAAUAUCUUGGGCAGCUGUGAAGGAGCGGGGAGGUUUGGCCUAGCCUUGCCUGUGCUUGCUGUGGGGACAGACAGGUGAGGCAAGGCUGCGCAGCGCGGAGCCGGCCCUGGCUGCAGGGCUGUGCCGCGGCAUGCUCCGGCAUCCUUGUGCGGCCCGCUCAGCCGCUCUCGGACCCGGCCGCAGUGGAAGCAUCAUUCAGUGUCCCUCUGCGACCUUGCCGGCCCUGCCAGGGCCACUGCUGCUCCCAGCGGAGCCAGGGCGGCCCCAGCCAAGUGCUUCCCAAGCCUCCUGCUCAGCACCACUGCCUCACCGCCACCCUUGCCCCUGCACGGGCACCAGCCCCUCCACCACAUGCAACCCUGUGCAAUGCAGCCCCGAGGGAUCAAAGAACUGAAAUAUCUGUGACCUUAAUAUAUAAUAAACAGCAGU